AUGGAAGAAGACAACGGGCAUGACAUAUUAAAGUCUUUCGCUAAACACAAUUCAGAGGAUGGUUUCACUGGCUUUGCAAAAGUUUCAUUCAAAGGUAGCUCAUAUGAUGCAAAGGUUGUGAAAUUUUGUUCUUCAUGCGCAAAAUACGUAUUUUUAUUUCAGAUUUCAAUGCACGGAAACGUAUUGUGCGUUUGGGCUUCAUCAACGGAUACAGUUCAAGCGCCGUUGAUUUUCGUUCUCGAGAGAAUAACUAUCAAGAAAAUGGAAACGGAGGUUACAUCACUGAUGGAUAAAUAUUCUAACAAAAGUUUCAGGAAGCCGAGAAAAGAGCUUUCUCGGUGGAAUUUGUGGAUCCCACGGAGACAUUGGUCCUGGCUGUAGAUAGCGAGGAAAUUCGGGAGCAAUGGAUGGUGAAGGUGGAAAAAAUUGGAAUUUCCUUCACAACUUAUAUUAUUGAGAUGGCGACAAGUUCGCAUCAAAUGGCGCGGGCUGAGCUGGACGAACUGGCCUACAAGUUCUUCACAAUGUCGCCAUCGGCGGUUUAUUUUAUUUUUCUUAAGAAAGCCCAAAAAAGAUUUUAAUAAAUUAAUAAAUUAUUCAUGUUCUAAUUGCCUUUAUCAGUGUUUUUUAGCUUUAGAAAUGCUUUUAUAAAGUUUCUCUUCUUCCAAAAUCAGUAUAAUUUUUCAUAAUCAAUUUUUUUUCAGUCCCACGAAGCUUCUCCGACCGACGCUUCAACCUCAAGUUUUCAAAACUUUUACCUCACUUCUCCGUUGCGAAUCACCCAUAAUUAUGCAGUUUCUCAGGUGAAAAUUUCGAUAAAGCAAUUGGAAAAAAAUUUUCUCCAGCAGAACAACCUGCCAGCCCGACGAGUGGUUAUCGACGAAGCCAUGUGGGAAACGAAAUUGUCGAUGAUUGUCCCGAAAGAAAUGGUCAAACUCUACCGCAAAUGGGUCAAUGAGUACGGUUUGAUCAUUUGAAGAGGAAAAAAAUUGGAAAUUGAGCUCAAAAACGAAUUUUUGUGAGAAAAAAAAAACAGAUAUUUCACCACUAGGAAAGAAACUGUUGCGACUUAUUUUCCUAUCCUGUUUCAAAGUCUUUGUAAUUACUCGCUGAAUAUUUUUUAUCAUUGAAUGUUUUUGACAAUUAACAUCAUCAACAGCUAGCAUUGAACGGGGAAAUCUGUCUGUGCCCUCCAUCAAUUAGGCACUCUCUCUUAUUUCAUCGUGUCAGGACCCUUUUUUCGAUGGCUCAAGCCAGCCUUAAAUACUAAAUUCACCGAAUAAGCUACAUCUUCAAGUUCACUUUUCAACGACAUCUUUUUAUUGUGAAUGGAAUGGAUUAUUGAUUUUCAAGGUUGGCGGCGCUGCUGGAAUCCAGACAAUACAGUUGGCCGUCGAGUUCGAUUCCCGCCUUGCACGAAGUUUUGCGGGAAGUUCGGGAAGUGUACGAAACUUACGAGAUGUGCUACGAGUUCGUCGACAAUUAUUCAGUUAGUUUUCGAGUUUUUUUUUGCUGCUUGAUCUGUGAAAUUGAUAUUUCCGUAAAAGAAGCUCACAGGUGAUCAGAGAAGCCGCAUUAAAUGUUCUUUUAAACCUGAAAUUUUUUUUGUUUCGAUUUUUCAUCGAAAUUUCGCAAUAAUUUUUUUCAAGUUUUUGAUUAUUUUUGGAAAAGUUCUUCUAUUAAUUUUCAACAAUACAUUGGUUUUCCAGGGACCUUCUUUCCGAAAAUCGACCGAAAAACAUCGAGUUGCUUUUGGAAUCGUGCCAACGAAUUUGCACGUUCACGGGUUGGUUCAUCAUCAUUACUUUUCCCCCGUUUCAAGUUGACUGAUAGUUAAUAUUGAGCGCUCAAAAUAAUAAUAUGCUUCGUUAAUAUUGUCGAAGAUAUUUUUUUCUGGUUUCAAGACUUUUUUUCGAAGCAUUUAUUUAGAAAAACUUUCAGUAAGUUCAUUGUUUUUUUAUAAAAAAAUUUAUUUCAAAAAUUUACUUGAAUGCUCCCUUUCUUCGAAGUAUAUUUAUCUCAACACUUAUAGUUACGAGAUCAACUCGACGGAUCAUCGCGACUUCAUCACGUGUGGGACGGCUUCGGCGAUUCCCCUACGGUUUCAGGUACAAUUGAAAGACUUUGAGAGAAAAGUUGGAAAAAAAUAAUUUCGAUUUUUUUCAGUCUUUUUAAUAUUUCUCCUUUUUUAUUAUCUUCCAAGGAAAGGUCAUUUUACUUUGCGUUUCCGUUUUUCCUGAAAAUAAGCCGGAAUAUUCCUUGAUGUACUAGGAGCAGGCCCUGAAAUUUUCGAGCUUUUUUUUUUCGAAAAUUAGGCGCUCAGGGCCCUAAAAUGGUUUAUUUCAACGGAUUUCAGGGGUUUCCUUCGAUUUUGAGAUGUCUUUUUUUUUACAAAAAAAUAAUAACUUUUGCACUUUUUGGAUCUUCCUUUGGUACACCGAGGAAUAUUCUAGCCAACUUUUAGAGAAUUCCCUACCACACAGUAGGAAUACCUUCCUUGCCAAAGACCAAAAAUUUGUACUCAGGAACUUUUUUUUCCAGAACGGCGGAAUCUCUCGCCUAACGUCUUCACUCGAAGUUGACCCUUGUCAUCACGAUUUCGCUUUUUGGAGUAAACGUCAGGUUUUUAUGCCAUUAUUUUUCGAACGUUUUAAGAUUUUUUUUCUCUUGCAGAAAAUAACUGAAUUGAAGAAAACCAUCGGCGAGCUGAGUCAUAAGUAAGCUCUUUAUAAGGAAAGUAAACCCCUAUUUUAUAACUGGGUUUCAGAAUUGAUGUCGAAUGGAAAAUUGCCCAAUUCGGAAAACCCGACAAAGUUUGUUUGGAGAUUUACGCGGGAAUCAAACAGGUGAACAUCCAGUCUUUGAUUAAUUUUUAACGAAUCUUCUCUAAUUGAAAUAAUCAAUUUUUAGGCUUUGAAGUUUGAAGAAAGUACUUAAGCUCAUGAAAAAUCAUCUAAUUCUGAUAAGUUUAUGUCAAUCGAGUCACAAAAAGGUUUUAGUAUAAGUUCAAUAGGGAAAAUCAGACUUUUAUGGGGAAAAAAAAAUGCCUAUAGGCGUUUUUUCCGUCAAAGAGUUUAUAACAAGAAACCCCUCUAUGAUGAGGCAAAGUGGUCCCUAGAGAGGAACCUUCAAGUGUCUCUAACGUUGACCCUCAAGGGAUCACUCUGUAGUCCCUAAGAAGUUUUGUAGGUUUUGAAAAUGAGAUUUUUAUAUUUUUUUUUGUAUCCCAAAUUGUCGAAUAAUCCAGAAAUCACUUUUCACGUUAGAUCUUCACAAUGAAAAAUUUAACUUAAGGUAUGAUUGAAAAAAAACUUGAUUCUUUUGAGGUCUACGAGAAGCUGAAAGACACGUUAUCGACAAUUGGAGACGUUGAGCGGUCGGCCGAGAUUUUACUCCACGAAGAAAGAAGAAGGUCCGAAAUCGGCCAAAAGGUGCUUUUCCCUCCGUUUUUCCUGUUUCAAUUGUAUUUUUGAGACGGAAACGCGAGUCGGCGACAGCAUUCAGAAUUUGCUCGACAGCGUCGACGCGAUGAUUCUCAGUUUGAACACGAAAAUCGCGGUUAUCGAUACGUUGGAUGAUGAUCAGGUUAGAAAUCGAGAAUAGUCGAUCUGAUGAGAAAUUGUUGAAAAUAAGAAACUCUACGAAAUAGGUGAAAAAAGAGCUAGGGAAUCCGGGAAAAAUCUCACUCGGACUUCGAAAACGAGUCCCGGAGCGUUUUAGUGACCACUUCAGUAGCGUCUUAAGGGAUCACUUGAAUUGCUCAGAAAAGUCCGGUUCUCACUACCAAAGUUUGAGCAAUUAGCCGAGGUUUGAACUAAAAAAGAACGAUUUUAAGCAAGUCUUAUCGGAUUGGAAAAAAAAACAGUCUCAAGCUCUGGAUUAUUUCUGCCCCGUUGGCAUUUUAAUAAAUCUUUUUUCGAAGGCUUUCACCAAUGAUCUUUGUAUUGAUAAAAUUUUUGAAAUUCUCUCGAAAUAAAUUAUUUUGGACUUUUUGAAAGAUGUUUUCCUGAAAAAAAGUUAAACUUGAAGUCCGCUCGAGCAGCCUACGAAAAGAGCGCCCGAGAAGCGAUGGUCGCCUCUUUGGACCUCCUCUUGACUCUUUCCAACGCAGUUCUAGAAGCUCAACUCUUCUCCCUCGGUAAUUUCAUUCAAAAGCAAAAUAAAUAUUUCCAAAAUUUAGUAAGCGCCCUCCACAAGACAAAUGCGACCCACGCCUACUUCCAUCUUCAGAUCCGGAUUGAUUUCACUCUUGCUCAUGUUCGUUUUUUUUUGAAGCUCCAAUUUUUUUUUGCUUCAGGUAGUUACGAUAGCGGCCACGGCUAUUCUGAACCGUAUCCAGAAGAAAUGGACGUUGAAAAAUGAUGGUGAGGUUUAUAAUGAAUAGUCGACUUUUUGAUUGCGAAUUUUUUUUUUGUUUGAAGGAUAUAAUAGAGACUAUAGUAUUUUAACGAUAAUUUUCAAAUAAUUUCCAUAAUAUACAUCCUUAAACCAUUCUUAAAAGCCGCUAACUCUUCCUUUCAAGCCUUCCUAAAAGUUAAAAUUUUCGAAGCUAUUCACUGAUUUCUUUGAGCCACCGUAUCUCAAAAAUUAGUUCAAUGAUGAUAAUUUUUUUUGUGAAAAGCUCGCGUUCUAGAACAUAUUUAAUUUAGAGAAAAAAAAUAAUUAUAACGCCCUUUUUUUCUAAGCCUAACUAUCCCCGUCUGUAAGAAAACUGUACUUGCCCGUGUACAUUCAUAAACAUUUUCAACGUCUCACGAACUUCGUUUGUGAUUGUACCUCUAUUUGAAAUCUUCAUUUGGUAUUUUCUUCCAUCACCGGAAAUGUUCAGGAUCGCCUUCUGAACUGAUCCUGGUAGUUUUCUCGUUCCUGUCUGCGUAUGGAGAUGAGCGAGGGAUGGUGGAAGACGCCUGGGAAGCCUGGAAGAACCUCGAAAGCUGCGUCGCUUUUCGACUGGUUCGAGCUCCGUCGGCCGUCUGUAGAACCUGUAUUCCCAUCGUUCAAGGUUCUAGAAAUGCUCUUAAGGUAGGAUUAUCGAUUGAUCUGACCAUAGGCUCGAAAAAAAUAUGAAAGAUUUCUUUUAGCUCCGUUAUUCUUCUAGGGGCCACUAUAGAGGUUCUCUAUUUAGUGACCACUUGAGUAGUUUUUCAUCCAGUAUUCCUUCCAGUAACUCUGAUAAUUUUAAAACAAACAUAGUGGUCCCGUUACGCUGAUCCAUUGACCCCUAAAGUGGCCACUAAAAUAUUUCACAGUCAGAAAAAAAAAUCAAAAAAAUGUUUUCAUGUUUUUUUUUGCAUCAAAGGCUUUCUGAGCUUCUUCGAUUCAGGUCUCCAUCCCUCUGCCGCACGACGUCUUUGACAACCUUCCGGAAUCCCUCCGAGAAGCCGGUUACUUCACGGUCAGAACGGCCUACUUCAGCAUCGGCGUCAAUCACGAAGCGACUUUCGGACAGUCGUUUGGAGGAAUCGCCUUCGAAUCCACAAUCAAUCAGGAGGCUGCUGAUCGGUUCGACAAACCUGUAGAUCUUGAACCUGGGAAUUUUCCAGUGUUAACGUGUUCGCGAACCGGAACGAAGCUCCGACGAGGGCUCGAGAGGCCGUCAUGGAGCUGGUGAACGAGGUCGUGACGGAGGCGUCGCGGAAGAAUCUGGCGAUAUUCGAAUGCGCGAUGCAGGCCUGCGAGUUGCUCGGCGGCGAGUCCGUCAUCUCCUGCAAGAGCGGAAAAGACCGGACCGGCAUGGCCGCCACUCUCGAACAGGGCCGCGUCCUGCGUCAGACCUGUGGGUUCAAUUCCAACCAGGUGAGCUCCAUUAUUGUGAUUGGACACAUUGGGCCAAGUUUUGAUAGCUCUAGAAUAGGAAAAAUCUCCCUUGAGGUAUAUUAAAAGGUGCCUCUUUACACAGUUUUCAAGUUUUCACCCCUCUUUUUCCAACAACUUUUUCUCCUUUCAAAAAAGAACCUUUUCAAUAGAAAGAUUUGAAAAGACGCUACAUUUACCCACUGUUAUAGACGAUGUCGCAGAAAUCGUAACGCUAUGUCGCAAGCGAUAUUGCUCGCCCUUCUCUGCGACCUUGCAAACGUCUUGCGCUAUAUCGCUCUCUAAAAAACAAAAUAUUUUAUUUCUCAGUAAUUUCCUUCUUUUCAAGGUCACUGAAGUGGUAACUUCGCUGCGUCGUGAAGGCGUUCGACGUGAGAAUUGCCGGAAAAACGUCGGUCGGGCCGUUUAUUCCUUCAGUCCCUUCCAGAUGCACUUCUUGCCCAAGGUUGGAAUGUUUAGGGGCAGUUUGAAAGAAGUUUAGUCAGAAAAAGUUCUCUUUUCGAUCUCUUUAGUAUAAGGUUUCCGUUCUAGGUAAGAUUGAAAUUUAGAAAUAAGUCAAGGAGUCCAAAUCCAUUUUCAAAGUUUACAAAUUUAUCCGUUUUCCUAUUUUUUUAUGACAAAAAAAUAUAAAUUUGAAUAUCCAGUCAAAAACAGUUUGAUAAUUUUUUUCAAAUAUUCAACAAACCAAAAAUUUCGAACAUCUUUGAACUUUUUAUGAUUUUCAGGCUUUCCGACCGCCGAGUGGUACCCAUUCUCAAUCCGUUUCCAGCUAG